CUUACUUGAACAGACUGGUUUUUAAAUCCAUCCCCAACCAUAAGACCGAUGGCCUCAUCGGGGAAGGAUCGGAAGAAUCUUUAUUCAGCCGCGUCAUCGUCGCCAUCGAAGUAAAGACGAUGAGCAACCUAAAAACCUAGACUAUGAGGGAGUAAAAACGAUCCACACGCAUGGAUCCGGCGACCCUCCUCCUCAUCGAUGACCAAAGUCGUCGGCGGAGGGGAGCCGCCGGAGGACGACGCUGGAAGAUUAGCCUUUCCUGACGGCGGCUAGGGUUCCAGCCGCCAGGGACAGGAUGAAAACGAUCUAAUGUUUAUUGUAGCGGCGGCGGCUGCUUGAUAUGUGCACAUGUGCCGUGUCCGCGUACGCAGGAUACGUGGCCGGUACACGUGUCACCAGAGUAUCCUGUUUUUCUGAUUUGAUUAAAAAAAAAGAGCUGACGCGCCGCCAGGAUGCCGGCGACACGGGAGCGCAGCGAGCCCAAUAGAAGCCCACCUCCUAACCCUAGCAGCCAUCGGUCUUUCUCAGUUCGCUCCAUUGCAUAGGACAUGGGAUUCGAUCGAGCGACCGCGUGAUGGCGCCGCCGCCGCCUGGAAUCACCUUGCCGCCUCCUGUAGACUGUAGCCGCCUGCCGCCAGCACGAUAAUCGUGUGGUCUCUUAGGCGAUUAUUAGAAGAAGGGACUGGCAAAAUUGAUCCAUAGAGAAGUCUGUCUUUGAACAAUGAACCGAAAAUUCCUGUACAUGACGGUCAUGAACGUCAAAAGGAGUUCAUACACUCUGCACCGCAUCAAGGCGUCACAAUUGUUUUACCCCAAGGGUGCACCUGACUCCGCGGCUGCGGCAGUGGAGGACCGUUCUGUGCCGCCACCAACAAUGGCUUUCCACCCUCCUCGGUCCGAGCAUAGACGGGAGGUAAUGGAGUUCAUGCGGCAGCAGCAGGAACAAGAUCGUCUGCACAGACGAGAGAGGUCGAGCCGUCUUAUAUGAUGACGGCCUGCAAGCUGUCCGCAUGUUGCCAAGCCUCAAAAAGGCCAAGUGGAAAUCAGUGCCCCUCGCGGUUGGUGACAACCUGUUGGUCAUGGAGGCGAUCCCUAAGAACGAUCAAAAGAUGGAACAUCAAUCUUUCGAGGCGCUUAUGUAUGGCGAAAGGCCUAAAAUGUUCAAGGGGGUGGACUUUUUCUGGCACUCCAUCCCCCCGCCGCCUUAUGUCUAUGCCCCUGGCUAUGGUGUCGACCGUUCUGGUGUGAUCACCGCGUGCACUGUGGUCAAUGGCUCAAGCAUCUUGAUAUCCACAGAGAGCCUCGGCACCUACUGCUUGGACACGGUGAGCGGUAAGUGGAGCAAGACUGGUGCCUGGCUGCUGCCGUUUAAAGGACUUGCAGAAUAUGUUCCGGAGUACGAUCUCUGGUUUGGUGUCUCGGCAAAGGGUGGUGGCGUCCUCUGCGCAUCAGACCUGGGUGCUGCCUCGGCAAAGCAGACGCCGCCGGUGGUACUCCAAGAGUGGGAGGGAUUUGCUGCCCCUGAGGGUACCGAGCUAGGAUCGCACCUCCUGCACCUAGGUGCCGGUCGUUUCUGUGUCGCCAAGUCGAUCAUGUCAACAAGGCCGCAGGAGACGUGCUGCCAGAUGUGCUGUUUCCAUGACACUACUGCCAUUGUCGACAAGUUAGUGAUGUUUACUGGCGUGGAGAUUCAGCGCUGUGGCAGAGGGCUUAAUAAGGUGAUCAAGCACAGAUCGUUUCGUUAUAGUAUGGGCGCAUGCAGCAUGGCCAAGAUACUUUAUUAGUCAAGUCGUGCUGUUUAAUUUCCCCUCACAGCAUGUUCCUAGUCAAUAAGAGGGCUCUUCUUUUAGAUGCAAUAAAUAAUAGGGUUCUAGUACAGGAAUAACCGGAUAUGCACAUCUCCUUUGAAAGCAAUAUUUUUUACGUCA